AUGCCUCCACGAAGAAGAAUUGCAACAAAGAGGAGGUUUUUGGAGCACACUACUCCACAAAGCCUAGACAUUAAUAGUGAUAAUGAUGAGAAUGAGGAAUCACAAAUAAUCGGAUCUAGUAGUAGUGGUAAUAAUAAUAAUACAAUACGGGAAAACUCUUAUGAUCAUUUUGCAACAUUGAAUAAUAAUAACAUUAUUGGAUCUUCAUCUCUACAGCCUGUUAGGAAACAUCGACGAAUAAGUAAUUCAACACCAAGCCUAUCUGCUCCUGUUGCUGCUUCAUCUUCUUCAAGUAUACCUCAUCGAACACCUGCAAUACCCUCUCCGUUUAUUUUACCACCAACAACCAUACAAAACAAUAAUUCGAAUAAUGAUGAAAAUGUAAUAGUAAUAGAGGAUGAUGCGGACGAAUUUCGACGACAUGGUAGAAACCAAGACGAUGCCAUUGUGUUAAAUAGUGAUGACGAACAGAAUGAAGUGCAGAUAGUUGGGACGAAUCAUAUUAAUAGUGAUUCAGAUGAUGACGAUGACGACACUGAUAUUUCUGAGGAGCAAGACGAUGGAGAUGAUGCCACAAUCUUUAGACAUUUUAACUUGGGAAGAAAUCCAUUCCUUUUACUUCCCCAAUUUCCUUCGAGGUUUAGUGGAUUUUUGAUGAAUGCUUUACAAAGAAUGCACAAUAGAAAUACAACUCCAGAACCUCCAAGAAAUAAGGCAGAUAUUAAGAAGGUUAAAUAUAAUCCUACAGAUGGUUCAGAACCUGUGGAAUGUACAAUAUGUCUUGAAAAAUUGAAAAAAAAUGUAAUGGUUUACAAAACUGGGUGUGACCACAUGUUUCAUAUUAAGUGUCUAGACGGAUGGUUAAAAUCUGCCGUGAGACCUUCAUGCCCUAAUUGUAGAGCAGAUUUACACAAGUGA